AUGGAAGAAGGCGAAGAAAAGAAGUCUGAUGGACACCUCGAUGUCGUAGAGAGCAGAGUAGAUUCAUUUGAUCUAGCGAGUCCUACUUUUCUUGCUGAUGAACAUGCUCCGUUACCAAUGGACGACGCAGAUUUACAAGCGAUUAGCUCCGUAGACGCAGUCCUCAAGGACGACAAUUUCGAGCAGGUUUCUCUAAAAGACUCAUCAACAAGUCUAGACUCUCUCCAACGUACAGAAUCUGGAUCAUACCCUCCGCUUCAAUCCCCUCGGAGACCUAAACCAAAGGCUAAAAUGGCAAACGUUUCUCCAGAGUUACUGCAUCUAGUUGAUUCCGCCAUCAUGGGAAAGCCCGAAAGCUUAGAGAAACUCAAGAACAUUGUUAACGGCUCCGAGAGCUUCAGCUCUUCUGGAGAAGACUCGGAGACGAUUGCGUUCCUCGUCAUCGAUUCGCUUCUGGCCACCAUGGGUGGAGUCGAGAGCUUUGAAGAGGACGAAGACAGCAACCCUCCUAGCGUGAUGCUUAACUCUCGUGCCGCCAUUGUUUCCGGCGAGCUCAUCCCUAGCCUUCCUUGUUCCGGCGACGACGGUGUUAGUUUCAUGUCCCCAAGGACACGCAUGGUGCGAGGAUUGCUUGCGAUCUUACGUUCUUGCACGAGAAACAGAGCUAUGUGUUCCAUGGCGGGACUGUUAAGUGUUCUCUUGCGCUCAGUCGAUGAGAUUCUCUCCAAAGACGUGAAAAUGGAAUGGAACGCAUCGGUUUUGUUUCACUGUAUACAGCAUUUAGCCGGACACUCUCUUAGUGUGGAAGAUUUGGAUCGAUGGCUUCAUAUCAUCAAGAAAUCUCUUACAACAGUUUGGUCAAGUCCUUUGAUGGAUGCUUUAGAGAAGGCAAUGAGUGGUAAAGAAUCAAGGGGACCUUCGUGUAGUUUCGAGUUCGUCAGUGAAAGCUCAGGGCUGCUUGGUCCUGGAGAGACUCGUUGGCCUUUCACUAACGGCUAUGCGUUUGCGACUUGGAUUUACAUUGAAUCGUUUGCUGACACAAUGAACGCUUCGACCGCGGCUGCUGCGAUUGCAGCUGCUUCAGCGGCUAAGUCAGGGAAAACAUCUGCGAAUGUGUACGCCGGUGAAGGCACUGCUCACAUGCCGCGUCUGUUCAGCUUCUUGACCGGUGAUAACCAAGGGAUUGAAGCGUACUUCUUUGCACAGUUUCUUGUGGUUGAGAGCGGUGGAAGUGGGAGAGGAAGUAAAGCUUCGUUUCAUUUCACUCAUGCGUUUAAGCCACAGUGUUGGUACUUUAUUGGACUUGAGCAUACCACCAAUCAGGGACUUUUAGGGAACUCAGAAAGUGAGUUGCGUCUGUAUAUCGAUGGAUCUUUGUAUGAAAGUCGUCCGUUUGAGUUUCCUCGUAUAUCCAAACCGCUUUCUUGCUGUUGCAUUGGCUCAAAUCCUCCUCCUCCUCCUCCUACAACAGCUGGUGGUGGUUCACAGCGUCGUCGUCGUCAGUGUGCUUUGUUUGCUGAGAUGGGACCUGUUUAUAUAUUUAAAGAACCGAUUGGUCCUGAAAGAAUGACAAGAUUGGCGUCAAGAGGUGGUGAUGUUUUGCCUUGUUUCGGCCAUGGAGCUGGUCUUCCAUGGCUAGCUACUAAUGACCAUGUCCGUGAUCAAGCAGAGGAAAGUAGUCUUUUGGAUGCUGAUCUUGGAUCAUACAUUCACUUGCUUUACCACCCAAGUUUACUAAAUGGACGGUUUUGUCCAGAUGCUUCUUUCUCUGGAGCAGCAGGUGCAGUAAGAAGACCAGCUGAGGUAAUAGGACAAGUCCAUGUUGCAACGAGAGUGAAGUCAGUGGAGUCCUUUUGGGCCUUAGCUUAUGGAGGACCCAUGUCUCUGCUUCCUCUAACCGUAACCAAUGUGGAUAAAGAUAGCUUGGAACCGUCUUGUAGAGAUCUUCCAUUGUCUUUGAGAACACAUUCUAUCGCUCCACCUAUAUUUAGAAUCAUCUCAGUUGCUAUUCAACAUCCUGGGAACAAUGAAGAGCUGUCUCGUACUAGAGGGCCUGAGAUUCUUGCCACAAUUCUUGGUUAUAUUCUUCACUCACUUGCAUCCAAGAAUGAUAGAGUAGAAGAAGAUGAGGAGCUAGUUGCUGCCGUUGUUUCGGUUUGUCAAUAUCAAAAGAUCAACCAUGCUCUUAAAGUGCAGCUCUUCCGUACGCUGUUACUGGAUCUCAAGAUAUGGAGCGUGUGCAACCACAGGCUUCAAAAGAAGCUGUUAUCGUCCCUGCAAGAUUUGGUUUUCACCGAAGCGGAGGCUAUGAGGAACGCUGAUGCUGUUCAGAUACUUCUUGAUGGAUGUCGGAGAUGUUACUGGACGAUUCAAGAGAAAGACUCUGUCAACACUUUCUCUCAAGAUGGUGGUGCACGUCAAAUGGGGGAAGUUAAUGCUUUGGUUGAUGAGCUUUUGGUGAUUAUUGAACUUCUAAUGGGAGCUGCAUCUUCUUCGUUCUCUGCUGCUGAUGUUCGUCGAUUACUUGGCUUCAUCAUUGACAGUCCACAGCCAAAUCAGGUUGCAAGGGUGUUGCAUCUGAUGUUUAGGCUGGUUGUACAACCAAAUGCUGCAAAGGCACAGACAUUUGCAGAGUCAUUUAUCACAUCUGGUGGGAUAGAAACACUUCUUGUUCUGCUCCAGAGAGAAGCUAAAACUGGUGACGACAACGUUGCAGAAUCUGUAGCUAAGUGUGAGACAAGCGUGACGACUUGUCAUAGUGAUCAACAGAGUCCGCACAAUAAGCCUGGUUUGUUGGAUUUAGUACCACAAGAUGAUGAGGGUGAUUCUCAUGGUGAUGAUGAUGAUAAUGUAGUAGUAAUUUUGAAGAAAUCAGUGUCCUCUGUUUCUGAAACCCCAUUAAGUAACAACGCAAGAAAUGACAGAAGAAACAAUGUUGACGAUAAAGAUCGCGUUGUGGUGGGAAUCGUCAGACUGAUCGGUGCAUUGAUCUCAAAAGGGCACUUGAAAUUUUCCAUUGUUGCCGAAUCUGAUGUUAUGAGUAACCUGAUGGGUAGUGGGAUUAAUGAUAAUGGUGGAACAAUGUUUGACGAUAAAGUGGCAUUGUUACUAUUUGCUCUGUUGAAAGCAUUUCAAGCAGCUCCAAACAGACUGAUGACUGAAAAUGUCUACACAACUUUGCUUGGUGCCUCGAUUAAUGCUUCAUCAACAGAAGAUGGCCUGAACUUUUAUGAUUCAGGUCAUCGCUUUGAACACCCUCAACUUUUGUUAAUCCUCCUGCGUUCUCUGCCAUUUGCAUCCAAUGCUCUACAAAAUCGAGCACUUCAGGAUCUUCUGUUUUUGGCUUGUAGCCAUAAGGAAAAUAGGAGCAGUAUGACAAAAAUGGAAGAGUGGCCAGAGUGGAUCUUGGAGAUUUUGAUCUCGAACUACGAGAGAGAUGCAGGGAAACAGUCUGCAUCACCAGGUUCUGCUGAAGUUGAAGAUAUGAUUCAUAACUUUUUGAUCAUUAUGUUGGAACAUUCCAUGCGCCAGAAAGAUGGCUGGAAGGAUAUUGAGGCUACAAUUCAUUGUGCAGAGUGGCUCUCUAUUGUUGGUGGGUCUAGCACCGGGGAGAAACGAAUUAGGCGUGAGGAAUCACUACCAAUUUUCAAAAGAAGGCUUCUAGGUGGAUUGCUAGACUUUGCUGCCAGUGAACUACAGGUUCAGACUCAAGUUAUAGCUUCAGCAGCUGCUGGUCUCGCGGCAGAGAGUCUAGCACCAAAAGAUGCAAAGGCUGGAGUAGAUAUUGCUGCUCAGCUUUCAGUGAAUCUUGUUGAAAACACUAUUGUGAUUUUGAUGCUUGUCGAAGAUCAUUUGAGACUACAGAGCAAACAAAACUGUGCUGCACACGCAAUUGUUGUCUCUCCAUCUCCUCUCUCUCUUGUUUAUCCCCUUAACAACAACCGUUCACGCACAUUGCCAACUGUUGGAGAAUCAUCAGAGGUUUCUAGUAGCCGCGCUUCAGUGUCCAGUGACUCAGGAGGUGUCCAUCUAGAUAUACUUGCUUCAAUGGCCGAUGCAACUGGUCAGAUAUCUACAGCCGUGAUGGAGCGUCUUGCGGCCGCUGCUGCAGCUGAGCCGUAUGAAUCUGUUUCGUGCGCUUUUGUAUCAUACGGAAGCUGUACGAUGGAUUUAGCUGAGGGUUGGAAGUACAGGAGCCGGUUGUGGUAUGGUGUUGGACUUCCUGCUUCUAAAACUAGCGGUUUUGGUGGUGGUGGAAGCGGUUGGGAGUCUUGGAAAUCUACUUUACAAAAAGAUGCUGAUGGAAACUGGAUCGAACUUCCUCUGGUUAAAAAAUCAGUAUCAAUGCUUCAAGCCUUGCUUCUAGAUGAGUCUGGACUUGGAGGUGGUUUAGGAAUUGGUAAAGCAUCUGGCACUGGGAUGGGAGGCAUGGCUGCUCUUUACCAGUUGCUGGAUAGUGACCAGCCUUUCUUAUGCAUGCUUAGAAUGGUGCUCUUGUCUUUGAGAGAAGAAGACCAUGGUGAAGAUAGCUUGCUGAUGAAAAAUCUAAGCUCUGAAGAUGGUCUUACUACUGGUGGAAUCCAGGGACCCUUGGCGAAUUCUGUCUCAGUUGAUGUCAGUUCUCAGAUUUCACCAUCAGCUUUAUUGUGGAGUGUGCUCUCUCCUGUUCUAAACAUGCCAAUAUCUGACUCAAAGAGGCAGAGAGUAUUGGUUACUACAUGCGUUCUAUAUUCUGAGGUAUGGCAUGCAGUGAGCAGAGACAAAAGGCCACUACGUAAACAGUAUCUAGAGGCAAUUUUACCACCAUUUGCUGCAAUCCUCCGGAGAUGGCGACCACUUUUGGCAGGCAUUCAUGAACUCGCCACUGGUGAUGGUUUAAAUCCGCUUGUCGUUGAUGACUGUGCUUUGGCUGCUGAUGCACUCCCUAUUGAGGCGGCUCUCUCUAUGAUAUCUCCGGAGUGGGCAGCUGCUUUUGCGUCGCCUCCUUCAGCAAUGGCACUGGCGAUGAUAGCUGCAGGAGCGGCUGGUUGGGAAGCGCCGCCACCUCCAGCCCCUCCAGCGCCUCCGCCAGCUCUUAGGCGAGACUCUUCAUUGCUUGAGCGUAAGUCUACAAAACUUCAGACCUUUUCCAGCUUCCAGAAACCCUUGGAGGCUCCAAACGACGAAUCACCUGGCCGACCAAGAGACAAGGCAGCUGCGAAAGCGGCUGCUCUGGCGGCUGCACGGGAUCUUGAAAGGAACGCCAAGAUUGGCUCUGGGAGAGGUCUAAGCGCUGUUGCAAUGGCCACGUCUUCGCAGCGAAGGACUAUCAGUGAUAUGGAACGUUUACAGAGAUGGAAUAUCUCUGAAGCCAUGGGAGUGGCUUGGAUGGAAUGUCUCCAGCCAGUGGACACAAAAUCAGUCUAUGGGAAAGAUUUCAAUGCCUUGUCAUACAAGUUUAUUGCUGUGCUUGUUGCAAGCUUUGCCUUAGCACGUAACAUGCAGAGGUACGAGAUUGACAGGCGUAUACGAGAUGAUAAUAUAGUGAGAAACCGCUCGUCUAUUGGACUCCGAGGUUGGCGCAAACUCGUACGUUACUUGGUAGAGAUGAGAUGCCUCUUUGGACCCUUUGGAGACCAUUUAUGCAGUCCUAAACACGUUUUCUGGAAACUGGAUUCUAUGGAAAGUUCUUCGAGGAUGAGACAAUGUUUAAGGCGGAAUUACUCUGGUACUGAUCAUCUUGAGGCAGCGAGGAACAGUGAUGAUCAGGCAGACGAUAACUUGGCUUCUCCAUCAAAUGCACAUAUUCUUGCAAUAUCAAAGGAUAUAAUAAUGUAUGAUGAUGAUGAUGAGAAUGGAGAUGAUGAGGGUAAUGUUGGAGAAUACAAAGGGGGAAAUGAAGAGAGGAUGUCUGGGUCACUUGAUGAUGCGAUACAACUGUCACAUGUAAUCAGCGAUCCUCGACCGUUGAGUGACCAGGAUGUGGUUCAAAAUUCUACAGUAGUUCGCAAGAAUCUUGAUGAAAGGAUUGUUCUUGAAGUUUCGUCUUCUAUGGUCAGGCCACUAAGGGUUGUGAAAGGAACCUUUCAGAUAACAACCCGGAGAAUAAAUUUUAUUGUAGACAUGAGAGAAGGCCAAGAUUUGGAUGGCAAGUCAGAUGGUUCAGAAACAGGAGACCAAGAAAGAGAUCGUAGUUGGCUCAUGUCUUCUCUUCAUCAGAUUUGUAGCCGACGAUAUCUACUGAGAAUGAGUGCUCUGGAACUAUUUAUGGUCGAUCGCUCAAACUUCUUCUUUGAUUUUGGGAGCAUUGAGGGACGAACGUAUGCGUGUCGUGCUAUUGCUCAAGCGAGGCCUCCUCAUUUGGAAAAUUUAUACCUCGCAACUCAGAGGCCAGAACAAUUUUUGAGAAGAACUCAGUUAACGGAACGAUGGGCUAGAUGGGAGAUGAGCAAUUUUGAGUACUUAAUGCAGCUUAACACAUUGGCUGGCCGUACUUACAAUGACAUCACUCAGUAUCCUGUUUUCCCAUGGAUUCUGUCCGACUAUACAUCACAAGUUUUGGACCUUUCAAAUCCAUCUAACUACAGAGAUCUUUCCAAGCCAAUUGGUGCAUUGAAUCCAGAGCGGCUGAAGAAGUUUCAAGAGAAAUAUUCGAGCUUUGAAGAUCCAGUCAUCCCCAAAUUUCACUAUGAUUCACAUUACUCAAGUCCUGGAGCAGUGUUGCAUUAUCUAGCUAGAGUCGAACCUUUCACAACCCUUUCAGUUCAACUGCAAGGUGGAAAGUUUGAUCGUCCAGACCAGAUGUUUUCAGACAUUGCAGCCACUUGGAAAGGAGUUCUCCAAGAUAUGAGUAAUGUGAAGGAAUUGGUUCCAGAGUUGUUUUACCUUCCUGAGGUGUUGACCAGCGAGAAUAUGGGAGAGAAGCUUGGCUCAGUAAAACUUCCUCCUUGGGCUAAAAGCCCGGUGGAUUUUGUACACAAGCAUCGAAUGGCUCUGGAGAGCGACCAUGUCUCUGCACAUUUGCAUGAAUGGAUUGAUCUCAUCUUCGGGUAUAAGCAACAUGGUGACGAAGCUACACUUGCAAAUAAUGUUUUCUUCUACACUACAUACGAAGGAACUGUUGAUAUUGAUAAGAUCACGGAUCCUGUAAAACGACGGACUACUCAAAACCAGAUAGCUAAUUUAGGUCAAACGCCAUCACUGCUAUUGACUAUGCCUCACAUCAAAAGAAUGCAGCUGAAAGAUGUCCUUCACGUUCAGACCAUCUUCCGGAAUCCAAAAGAGAUAAAACCGUAUCCAGUUCCAGAUCCAGAGCACUGCAACUUACCUGCUGCAGCCAUCAAGGCAUAUUCGGAUAGUGUUGUGAUUGUUGACAUGAACGUGCCUGCAGCACAUAUCGCACACCACAAGUGGCAACCAAACACUCCUGAUGGUCAGAGUAAUGCUCCUUUCGCAUUUCAUCACGGCAAGGGAGCUUCGACUGGCGGCACAUUGGUACGAAUGUUCAAAGGUGUUUCGGAAUAUCCUCAAGCACAGGCCUUUGGCUCAUCAGGAAUCACAAGUUCCUCUGUCGCUGCUAUUACAAACGAUGGAGAAAUUAUCACUGGUGGACAUGUGGAUAAUAGCAUCAAGCUAGUCUCAUCUGAUGGAGCGAAGACGUUGGAAACAGCUUAUGGUCACUGUGCUCCUGUAACAUGUGUGGCUCUGUCUCCAGACAACAAUUUCCUUGUGACAGGUUCACGAGACACUACUGUUUUGCUGUGGAGAUUUCAAAAGGAAGUAACUUCUCAGACAAGCGACUCUGAGCAGACAAAACCCUCUGAUCAGACACCUUCUUCCACAAGCAACAACUUAAACCGUCGCAUUGAAGGGCCCAUACAAGUGCUCCAUGGACACCGGAGAGAAAUAGUUUGUUGCUGUGUUAGCUCAGAUCAAGGACUCGUUGUUUCUUCCUCUGAGUCUUCAGAUGUUCUGUUGCAUUCCGUAAGAAAAGGUCGGCUCAUAAGACGGCUUGUUGGCGUUAAGGCACAUUCUAUCUGCAUUUCUUCCGAUGGAGUUAUAGUGGUCUGGAGUAGAUCGGAGAAUUCUAUCAGCACGUUCACCGUCAACGGAGUUCUCGUUUCUAAAGCGAAGCUUCCUUCCUCUUGUACCAUAAGCUGCAUGGAACUAUCUAUGGACGGCCAAAAUGUUGUGAUUGGCGUGAGCUCGUUCUCCGACAUUGAUGGAUCGAUGAGCUUUGAAGAAGAAUCAUCAAGUAGAGAUAAUGAAAUUGAGAGAUUGGAGAUCUCAUCUCCUUCAAUUUGCUUCCUCAACUUAUACACUCUUAAGGUAUUCCAUAAGCUGAAGCUUGGUGAAGGGCAGGAUGUAACCGCUAUGGCUCUGAACACAGACAACACUAACCUUUUAGUUUCCACAAAAGAUAAACAGUUGAUUAUCUUCACUAAUUCAGCUUUAAGCUCGAAGGUGGUGGAUCAGACGCCGAAGCUUGGCUCUGAAUGA